AUGGAUCAUCAAUCUGGAAGUCCAUCCUCAGCGGAACUUGUGCCCCAAACCGCAGCAACCGCCUCGCCACCAAUUCCAAUCUCAUGGCUAGACGUUCUCGAAUGCAUGCAGACGCUUCCAGGAUCGCAAGCGUCCAGCAUGGCGGAAACACACGUUCCCAUGGCAUAUCCGUAUCUCGAUGCCCUCCAUCAGUUCCCACGGCGCCGGGCGCAGAAUCGUGCUUCGCAAAGGGCGUACCGGGAGCGCAAGGAGCAGCGAAUCCGCGACCUGGAGCAACUUCUCCAGGAGGCACGUCGGCGUGAAGAGACGCUCACGCAGGCGUACUUGUCCCUGCGGACGGAAUAUGAGAGAGUUAGCGACGAGCAGGAAGACGGGUCGAGUAUGGGGACAACUACGCCCGUCACCGGCGAGACGAUACCAGCUCGCCUCGAUGCAGCUCCCAUGCAGCAGCACUCCUCUGAUGUUGUGGGCGGCUUUAACUUCUCGACCAAUGCGUACGAGUAA